UCUCUCUUCCCCCUCACAGACACCUCAUCUGUGCAACUUCCUCAUUCACUGACUUGUGUUCGCUGUGACUUAAGAGCACCAAUGAGGAACACUGAGGCGCACAAAGGCAACGACCACAGCUCCUUGUCUCCCUGAUGUGAAGUAACCGUCUCUGGGGGAAGGAUAUCUUCGAGGGGCCGAGCAGGACGGAGGAAGGUGCAGGUAAGGAAAGCGGGGUCGGACUCCACAGCCAGCAUGCUGCGGCAGUCCCUGAGCAUCCUGAAGCAGUUUGGCUCUGCGGCAAAGUCACACGAUGCCACUGAACUUCUACAGGAGGACCUGGUUGUGGUGGAGCAGCGGGUGGAACCGGCCAAGAAGGCGGCUCAGGUCCUGCACAAGAAGCUGCAGGGCUGCAUGCACAGCCAGGCGGGCCUGGAGGCUGAGAAACGAAUGAAAAAGCUGCCUCUGAUGCUGCUGUCCGUCAGCAUGGCAGAGAGCCUCAAAGACUUUGAUGCAGAGUCCUCGAUCAGGAGGGUGUUGGAGAUGUGCUGUUUCAUGGAGAAGAUGCUGGCCAGCAUGCUGGCAGACUUUGAGAUGAAGGUGGAGAAGGAAGUUCUGGAGCCACUCAACAAGCUCAGCGAGGAUGAUUUACCAGAGAUUCUCAAGAACAAGAAGCAGUUUGCAAAGCUCACGACAGACUGGAACAAUGCAAGAACCAGGAGCCAAGCCAGCACUGGUCCCCAGGCAAAGCAGGAUGGGCUCAGGGAGGAGGUGGAAGAAGCUUGGAGAAGGUUGGAGAGCAUCAAGGACGAGUACUCUGCAGAUCUGUAUCACUUUGCGACUAAAGAAGACGACUACGCUAACUACUUCAUCCGCCUUCUCGAGCUGCAAGCGGAAUAUCACAAAUAUUCACACGAGUUCCUGAACAAAAACAUCAGCGAGCUCAAAGAGAAUCACAGUCGACAAGCGCCGCUGCUCAGCCUCUCUAGUCAGAGGGUUUACGGGGAGCCGCUGCUCUCUCAUCUGUCUCAAAGCAACAGAGAAAUCGCUGCACCCAUCCAGGAGUGUGUUCACAUGCUGCUGAGGACGGGCAUGACUGAGGAGGGUCUAUUCCGCCUGGCGGCCGCCGCCUCCAUAGUGAAGAGGCUGAAGACCUGUUUGGAUCACGAGGUGGUCGACUACAGCGAGUUCAGCAUGGACCCUCAUGCUGUGGCCGGAGCUUUGAAGGGUUACCUGCGAGAACUUCCCGAACCUCUAAUGACCUUUGAACUCUACAAUGACUGGUUCAAAGCAGCAGGGGAAAAAGACCCGACGGAGAAGCUGGAGAAGUACAGAGUGCUACUGAAGAAACUGCCGCCAGACAACUACAACAACCUCAGGUAUCUGGUCCAGUUCUUGUCUCUGCUGUCUGAGCAGCAGGCUGUCAACAAAAUGACACCCAGCAACAUUGCCAUCGUCCUGGGGCCCAACCUGCUCUGGCCCCGAGCUGAAGGGGAAGCUGCUCUGUUUGAUAUGGCGUCAGCUUCUUCAGUCCAAGUGGUGACGGUCAUUGAGCCCCUCAUUCAGUACAGCUGCAGCCUCUUCCCCGAAGCUGUUUCUUUUGAGAUCCCAGAACUUCCCGAGGUCCCGGAGGUGUCCAUGCCAGCCGCCGUCUCCCAGUCUCAGAUCUCAGAAAAGGAGAAAGUGAGCAGAUCAGUCUCGUCCUCUUCAUCCACGGCCUCCUCCUGCUCCUCUUAUCACCUCGCUCUCUCAAAGACAAACAGCACAGCUUCUCAGGACAGUGUUGGCUUCUUCCUGGUGAAAUCUGGCUCUGUGAGUUGCAGUGGCACCUCCACAUGGUCCAGCCCUGUUGCUGACACAGCGGCACCAACGCAUCAAAGCUCAACAACCAGCAGCUCAGUCGAUCCCAGCCCUGUCGUGGCCAUCAACACUUCGGCCGCCUGUGGCCCAACGGCACUUCCGAAAGCAUCGGGAUCGGCGGCGAACCCAAGUCAGAUCAGGAGUCCCACUGAGAAGCAGUGCUCGGAUCAAGGCCAACUGGAGUCCAUUUCAGAGGCUCCUCCAGACUCCCCAAGAGCUUUUGUGACGAUCACCUCACCAUAUAAACCAAAGAGAUCUUUCAACCUGACCAAAGGUAACCAAGCUAACGAGCAGUUGAAAGUUCAGUACUGUAAACCCAGACCCUCAGUACCUCCAAAGCUCCAGGCCCCUCCACCCACCAGGGCCCCGGCCCCCCCGGCCCCGGCCACCGUGGACACAGCAACCCAGCCGACACCCGCACCCCGAGCUCAGUCGGCCAGCGUUAACAAGCCCCCUCCAAAAAAGCCUGGACGCAAAGCCCCAAACUGCCCUCCACCACUUCCGCCACCACUACAGGGAAAAGUGGUUCCUUCUUUAGCACAGUGAGAGAAAUGCAGCAUGUGGAUUUUCUAUCCCUUUAAAGUACACCUCCGACCGCAGCACACCUAUCAGUACCGCUGGCUGUGGUCCGGGGGGAAACGGGUUUAAAACUGUCAACAGAGAGGGCGGUAAAAGGCUGCUUUUCAGCCCCGCUGUUAAGUUACUACUUAAACAUCUUAGGAUUUCCAUAUUGUCAGUCUGUGUUGUAUCUUUAAAUAUUGCAGCUUAAAGGUGCUUAAUAUGCGAUUGAGAACAUUACGAGCUCAACGGCUCUCAACAUGGCGACAGCUGAGCCAGCGGCUCAUAGCUAACGGUGCUAACAGCCGAAGAAUGCAAACGAGGGCCAACAGUGCUGACGGAGCGAACCCGAGGGGGAACCGUGGGGUUGGAGCUACGCUUCCGCCACAACGCCGACGCCGUUGUCGGUCGGGACGUUGGUAUCAUCUGUAACCGCGGAGAGCAGCGCAAAGCGCGGCCGACUCAGCUUGUUCAACGGAGCACGGAGAAGCUUGGAUUACCACGUGCAUAGAGGGAGAGCGGCUUUAUGCUCUGCCCGGUGGACAUUGCUCCACUAUAUAUUUACUUAGCAAAUAGUUAUUUGCUUCUAUAUUAAUGCUCUGAAUAUUGUGUCUCGCAACUUUACUUCACUUUUGUUUGGACUAUAAAUGUUUCUGUAACUAGCUUCAUUUAUUUAUUCUUCAGGUACCGACACGCUUUAUUUCCCAAAGUAAAGUCUUUCAAAACAAUAGCUCCUCAAUAAAUUAAUCAAGCCACCCGGAACCGUA